GGGGCCAGCGGGGAAGGGCGAGGGGCGGGCUCCGGCCCCCAGGGCUUGCUCCAGGGACGCGCGGGUGGGGUCUGGCACCUCCCUAAACCCCCCGCGCGCCAAACCCCGGGUGGACACUGGGCCUGCGCGCCCCCGGCCUGCCGCCUAGGGACGGAAAUCCCGCCCUUCUCCCCCGCUCCCCACGGUGCAAUCUGCAGAAAUCAAUACCAGGGCGCAGGGCCCAGCCAGGUGCCUUAGGUUUCCAAAUUUGAGGCCCGGGCCAUGUGCCUACUCCGAACGUCCCGGAAUUGGGGUCUUGGGACUCCCCCUUCCCCGCCUCACCGGGGGAAGCCCUGCGAGCCUCCAUGUGAGCAGCGUUUGGGGGGCACCAUUUCAUCCACGUGGUGAAAUCCUGCGCACUGAGUCCUCAACAAGCAGUUUUAUAGUUAAUUUGUUACAGGUGGCAUGAAGCCCAUCAACUUGUCCUUCUCAGCCUGUGGGUUUCUGGCAGUUUACCACUUGGGGGCAGCAUCGGCCCUCUGCAGACAUGGCAGAAAGCUCCUGAAGGAUGUGAAGGCCUUUGCUGGGGCUUCUGCGGGAUCCUUGGUGGCUUCCGUUCUGCUAACAGCACCAGAAAAAAUAGAGGAAUGCAAGGAGUUUGUCUACGCGUUUGCCGAAGAGACCCGAGGCCAGGUUUUCGGGGCGGCCACGCCCGGCUAUGACAGCAUGGCCCGACUCAGAAGCGGAAUGGAGUCCCUGCUGCCUCCCGACGCUCACGAGCUGGCCCACAGCCGCCUGCACGUGUCCGUCAGCGACACCAAGACCAGGGAGAACGCCUUGGUCUCCAGCUUCCCGUGCAGGGAGGACCUCAUCCAGGUGCUUCUGGCGAGCAGCUUCGUGCCUCUUUACGCAGGGCUGAGGCCAGUGGAGCACCAAGGACAGAGGUGGGUGGAUGGCGGCCUCACCAACAGCCUUCCCAUCCUGCCUGUGGGCCGGACGGUGACCAUCUCACCCUUCAGUGGACGAUCAGACAUCUCCCCGCGGGACAAAGGGCAGCUGAAUCUGCAUCUCACUGUCGCCAAUCAAGACGUGACGCUGUCCGUGGCAAACUUGGCGAGGCUGAGGCAAGUCCUGUUCCCACCACGCAGGACGGAACUGGAGUCGCUGCACCAGCGCGGCUUCGAUGACGCCGUGCGGUUUCUGCUGGAAGAAGAUCGGUUUGAACAGGAUGCCUAAACGUUAGUCGCGCAAAACACAUUUCAGACGGUUCCCGAUGCAGACUUUAGACUACGUCUUAACUAAAAACUGUCUGAACUCUGUCGGAUUUUCUAGUUUUUGUAAUAGUUAUCAUCAUUUUUAAUAUUUGUACUUGGUGCAAGGAAGUGAUAGGUAUGUUCUGCAAGGUCAGCCAUGUCAUUGAAGAUACACUCAGGUGACGGAGUCCUUACUAGACCUUCGGCAGGUGACCGAGUGCAGGUCACGACGAGCCAGCAGCCUCGUAAAGACGCAGGAAGCCCGGAGCAGGAAGCACUUAGCGUCCAUAGGUCGCAUAGCACUGAUGGCGGCUCUCCGCUUUCUGAGUGGUUUGCUGCCACUUCGAGGGCUUGUGUGUGGCUUUACACUAAGACACGUAUGCAGCCUCGAACCUCAGCUCUGUUUUAUGGGGCUUCGCCAAGCAUGAACUCUUAAUUACUAAGAGGCAGUUAGAAAGAAGCCAGUUUAAUAGCGUGCCUUCAAUUGUGCGUUUCUCUAUUUUACCGUUUAAAACCAUUCCUUCACUCACUUUUAUGGCUCUUAAAAUCCCCAAAUUACACCACGUUUAGUGCUGAACACGGAGUCCCUCACGAGCCUUGCAGACGCUCAUUGUGGGUUAGCGACGGUCCUUGCUGGGUGCGUCUUUCCUGCAAAUGCGCAGUUAAGUCUCGACCCGUUAUUCUAGUAAGUGACACGCAGUAGGCGGAUUCCCAACUCAUUCUUACAUCUCUGUAUUCACUAGAUUUCCCACCUUUUACGAUUUUAUGUGACCGUGUGUGUGAUAGCUCAAUAAAUCCUUUAUCGAUGCCUCCCGGAGCAAAA